CUGGCAGUUGAGGUGUUUGUAUCAUUAGAGAGUGAAGGGAAAGAAAGAUGUUGCUGCAGGGCUCUUCACUAGCAGCAGCAGCAGCAGUCAUUAAAGGGGUGUAGGAGGGGUAAAAGAGGCAGUCUCAGGACUUCGGGUCCAAGUCUGGAGAGGCACGGCGGGAUCUGGAAGCGAAGAUGCCGGCGGUGUUGGCCGUGGGAGUCGCUGUGCUGUGCGCGCUGGUGGCCGCUGUGGUGCCCGGCGGCGUGUCGGAGCCGUUGACGUUGGUGCAGGAGCCCGUCAAAACCGAGUCCUCGCUGCUGAAGCCAAAGGUUAUGAUCGCCAUUGUGGCUCGUAACGCAGCGCACAGCUUGCCGCACUACCUGGGCUGCAUCGAGAGGCUGGAGUACCCGAAGGAGCGCAUAGCUAUCUGGGCAGCGACAGAUCACAAUGUGGACAACACCACGGCCAUGUUGAGAGAAUGGCUGAAGGUAGCCCAGCGUGUCUACCAUUAUGUGGAGUGGAGACCCAUGGAGGAGCCGAGAUCAUAUACAGAUGAGUGGGGUCCGAAGCACUGGCCUCCCUCCAGGUUCAACCAUGUGAUGAAGCUGAGGCAGGCGGCACUGAAGGCUGCCAGGGAACGAUGGGCUGACUACAUACUGUUUGUAGACAGUGAUAACCUGUUGACCAACCCCCGUGUGCUGAACCUGAUGAUGAGUGAGAAUUUGACCCUGGUGGCUCCCAUGUUGGAGUCUCGGUCUCUUUACUCCAACUUCUGGUGUGGCAUCACCCCACAGGGUUACUAUAAGCGAACCCCGGACUACCAGCCUAUCAGAGAGUGGAAGCGACUUGGCUGCUUCCCUGUUCCCAUGGUGCACAGCACCUUCCUAUUAGACCUUCGUCGUGAAGCCAGUAGGGAGUUGACCUUCUACCCCCCUCACCCGGACUACAGCUGGGCAUUUGAUGACAUCAUGGUGUUUGCUUUCUCGGCACGGCAAGCAGGUGUGCAGAUGUAUGUGUGUAACAGAGAGCACUACGGUUUCCUUCCUGUCCCACUGAAGGCUCAGCAAAAUGUUGAAGAUGAAAGUGAGAGUUUCAUACACACCAUCACAGAGGCUUUGAUUGACCACGAUAUUGAGCCCUCGGAGCACCUGUACUCUCCGCCAUCACAGGAUGACACAAUCGGCUUUGAUGAAAUCCUCCUGAUAAACCUGAAGCGUCGGCUGGAAAGAAGAACCAGGAUGCUGAAAACAAUGGCCUCACUGGGUCUACAUGCCAAGCUGAUGGAUGCAGUGGACGGCAAGGCUCUGAACACAUCCCAGCUGCAGGCGCUGGGUAUAGAGAUGAUGCCAGGCUAUAAGGACCCUUACUCUGGCCGAGUGCUGACCAGAGGGGAGAUCGGCUGCUUCCUCAGUCAUCACUCUGUAUGGACACGGGUGUUGGAACGUGGCCUUCAGAAGGUUCUUGUUUUAGAGGACGAUGUGAGGUUUGAGCCCCGGUUUAAACGGCGGUUCCAGGCCAUCAUGGAUGACAUAGACAAAGCCCAGCUGGACUGGGACCUCAUAUAUGUGGGGCGUAAACGCAUGCAGGUACAGCAGCCGGAGCAGUCGGUAGAUGGUGUAAACAACCUGGUUGAAGCCGACUACUCUUACUGGACACUUGGCUAUGCGCUGUCACAGCAGGGAGCCAGAAAGUUAAUGGCUGCUGAACCCUUAACAAGGAUGAUGCCUGUUGACGAGUUCCUGCCCAUCAUGUUCAACAAACACCCCAAUGUCGAUUACAUGUCUCACUUUGAACCGCGAGACCUGAAGGCCUUCUCUGUGGAGCCACUGCUCAUCUAUCCCACCCACUACACUGGGGAGCCGGGCUACAUCAGCGACACAGAGACCUCCACCAUCUGGGAUGAUGAGGCCGUGGCCACCGACUGGGACCGGCAGCACGCCCGCAAGACAGCUCAGCAGGGUCGCAUCCGCCCCGUGGCACAGAACAGUGUCACUGGAGACUCGCCGCCUCCGGCCGCUCGGGCCUCACGGGAUGAACUCUGAUACAGAGACCUAAGACUCAGAGAGAAAGACUCAUGUUUACUAUACUGUGUACACACAGUGAAUGUCAUGUGUACACACACUUGAAAAGACAUUUGAAAUGCAAGCAAAGAUACUGUACAUGUAUACACACACACGCACACACACACACACACACACACACACACACACUGGUGUCCAAAUGGAUAAAAGCAGAAUUCUGAUGUCAAUCUAGUCUGCUGCCUGAUGAGGGGACACAGAGGAGAGGAGGAGGACGAGGAAGAUAAGAAUCCGGGACGGGGGCCCAAGGGCCUUUAACAAAAGCUUUAUUUAUUUCCCAUGUGCCUCCUCUGGGUACGUGGAGAUGGUUACGGCCCAAGGAAACUUAAGCAACACAUGGAACAAAGCUAACAUUAUUUGCAGGAUGCGAAAGAAAAAAAAACAUCGUAACAAAUCAAUUUUUAUAUUGUUAAAAAGAUUAUUGUUAUUUAAAAAGAACAGAUGUCUCUAAUGGACAGCCAAGGAAUAAAAGAAUCAUAAAGCUGUCUGAAAACAACUCUGAACUGUGUGUGCGCAUGUGUGAGACUGUGUAUCAGUGUCCCUGUAUGUGUGUGCGGGUGUGCACAUGACCACGUGUUAAAAGAACUGAACGUGUGGAUUCUUUCCUAAGUGGAAGGAGGGAGGCUGAGAUAUUGUACCCAAGGGUGUCACUGCUUUAGAUGAUGUCAGACACACACACACACACACACACACACACACACACACACACACACACACACACACACACACACAGAGCAAGCAGCAGGGCAGUAACGGAUGUUACUCAUCUAAGUGUUUCUGUCAUUGCCAGUAUCUCACAUGCACAGCGGGCUGGUCCUGCUAGUUAGCAUUAGCUCGCACGUUACAUGUAGCCUGUAGGACAUUUCAUCUAUUUCAGACCCCUGCUUUCAGAAUUUGUUACAUAUUUGAAAAAAAAUGUGAUCACUUGAUUGUUAAUGUCCUCAAAAUACAUUCAUACCGAUCCUCUCA